AUGGGGGAGAGUGUUUGUGGGGAAGAGUGUAUGAAGGAGAGUGGUUGUGGGGAAGAGUGUAUGGGGGAGUGUGUCUGUGGGGAAGAGUGUGUGAGAGAGAGUGGCUGGGGAGAAGUGUGUAUGGGGGAGAGUGUUUGUGGGGGAAAGUGUAUGAGGGGAGAGUGGUUGUGGGGAAGUGUGUAUGUGGAGAGUGGCUGUGGGGAAGAGUGUAUGGGGAGAGGGGCCGUGGGGAAGGGUGUAUGGGGAGAGUGGCUGUGGGGAAGAAUGUAUGGGGAGAGUGGCUGUGGAGAAGUGUGUAUGGGGGAGAGUGUUUGUGGGGGAAAGUGUAUGAGGGAGAGUGGUUGUGGGGAAGAGUGUUUGGGGGAGAGUGGUUGUGGGGAAGAGUGUGUGAGAGAAAGUGGCUGUGGGGAAGAGUGUAUUGGGGGAGUGUCUGUGGGGAAGAGUGUGUGA